AUGGAUGACCAAAGCUCUGGAUCGGUCAGAAUCGAGAAGCUGACCGCAUCUAACUUUUACAUCUGGAAGCAGAAAAUCCAGCUACUGCUUGCUCUCCGAGAUGUCGAUCAAUACGUUUUUGAUGAUAUCCCGGAGAAUGCGACCUCAGAUGACCGGAGAAAGUGGAUCCGUGGUGACGCAAAAGCAAAGGCAGUCAUCGGACUCACGCUUUCUGAUGACUACUUGCAACAUGUGCGAGGGUGUAGCAGUGCGAAAGAGACAUGGGAAGCAAUUCUGAAUGUGUUCGAGGGUCAUACUUUGCUCAACAAACUUGCCGCCCGUCGUGACUUUUACACUGUAUCCAUGCUCCCAUCCGAGAAAGUGCUCGUGUUCAUCAAUCGUGUGAAGCAACUUGCUGCCAGAUUGCAGUCAAUGAGUGUUGAGAUUGACGAUAAAGAAAUUGCAAUGGCUGUGUUGAAUGGCUUGCCUUCACGAUUCGAUAACCUGAUUGUUGCUCUUGACGCACUUGGCAAUGAAGAUAAAGUGUUCGAACUCGAGUUUGUGAAGAGUCGUCUGCUGCAAGAAGAACAACGAGAAAGCAUGAAGACCGCUUCUGCUUCAUCACCACAUGCACCUGCACUUGUCAAUCGUAUGCCUAUUCGACGCGAUAUGAAAUGUACGAAUUGCAAUAGACAUGGGCAUACUGCAGCGCGUUGCUGGGGCAAGGACGUGAAUGGGCGCCGACCUGCACCGCCAGAUGGGUUUCGUGACUUUACUUGCUUGCUUUCGACUUCCACUCCAGAAAAGAGGGCUGCAAACGCAAGGUCAUGGCUGGUCGAUUCCGGUUGCAGCGCUCACAUUACGUUUGAUCGCUCUUUGUUCGUUACGUAUGAACAGAUGCAAUCUGGAUCAGUCGAGAUGGGCACGAAGGCUAGAGCUAAUGUCGCUGGUCGCGGCGAGGUAGAAUUCAUGUUGAACGUCAACGGUAGUCUCCAUCCUUGCAAAUUGUCAAACGUUUUGCAUGUCCCUGAUUUCGGAUACUCGCUACUGUCUGUUAGCCAAAUGGUUUCAAAGGUUGGGGAUUUGUACAUACUUGACGUCAUGAAUGAAACCUUUUCUGCUCACGAAGUUUCCCUGCAGACGCUACAUGAACGCAUGGCCCAUGUUAAUGUACAAGGAAUCGCAUCAAUGAUUCACAAUAAUGUGGUACGUGGCAUCAACGUUCGUCAAAGCGAUGUGAUCAGUGCAAUGAAUCCGAAGUCUGACAAUCACUCUCCCAUUUUUCCUGCGUUUGUGUUUGGCAAAGCAACGCGAUCAGUAAUCCCAAAACAGCGAUCAUCGUCUCGAGCACAGAACUGUCUUGACUUGGUACAUUCUGACGUUUGCGGUCCGCUCGAAGUACAGUCCAUUGGUGGUUCGAGAUACUUCAUUACAUUUGUAGAUGAUCACUCGAACUGGGUAGUUGUGUACACGAUGAGAAAUAAAUCUGAGGCGUUUGCAAAAUACAAGUUGUAUGAAAAGUUGGCUCAAACCCACACUGGUCGCAAAGUAAAGGUGCUUCGCACUGAUCGAGGGGGAGAGUACUUGUCGACGGAAUUCAAGUCGCAUUUAGAUUUAAACAGUAUGCAGCACCAACUCACAACGGCGUACACCCCUGAACAAAACGGUGUUGCUGAACGUUUAAAUCGAACUUUGAUUGAUCUUGUCCGCUCUAGGCUUUCUCAUAAACAGGUCAGUAAGCGAUUCUGGGCCGAGGCUCUUGCCACUUCGGUAUAUGUACGCAAUCGAGUUACUUCACGGGCUUUGCCCGUUAAUACAACCCCGCACCACAUUUGGAUGAAUUCUACUCCAAAUGUUGGCCAUUUGCGAGUAUUUGGGUCAAAGUGUUGGUAUACAUUACCAAGAUUAGAGCUCCGUAAGCUGGACUUGCGAGCGCGUGAAGCGAUGUUUCUUGGGUACCCGCAAUGCAGUAAGGCAUACAAACUUUGGGACGGAGAGUUGAAUAAAAUUGUUGUGUCACGGGAUGUCAAGUUUGAUGAAUCGACAUGUGGGAUGCAUGACAUUCCUGCACACGAAAGUGAUUCAAUCAACUCUGAUGUUGACGUUGUAUUUAUUGAAAAUGUGCGACCACAUGCUGUUAUCUGA